UGUGUUCUGUAGGGUAUGAUGGGUGUAGUGGGCUGGACCUUGGUCCUACUCUUCUCAGUCACGAUGCCCGUGGCAUCUCAAAAGCCUCCAAAACUCAAGGUGGGUGUGAUUCUAGGCCAGACACGCCCAGUAGCUGACCAGAACCUUCAGCCUCCUCAACGCCCUGAUGAUCCACUGGAAACCUCUGUGUUCAUCCUGAAGAUCAACCAGACAGACCCAAAGUCUGUAAUCAUAGAGGUUUGUGGGCUUGUGUCUCGUGAAGGUCUCCAUGGCCUUGUGUUUGCUGAUGGCACCGAUCAGGAGGCCAUCGCCCAGAUCCUAGACUUCCUGUCUGUUCAGACACAGCUUCCAGUUUUGGGUGUUCAUGGAGGCUCCUCUAUGAUAAUGGCUGAUAAGGAUGAGAAGUCCACUUUCUUCCAGUUUGGCGCAGCAUUGCAGCAGGAGGCUCUUCUCAUGCUUGCAAUCAUGGAGGAGUAUGACUGGCAUGUUUUUUCUAUAGUAACAUCCAAGUUCCCCGGCUAUCAGGACUUCAUCAGCACUCUGAAAGUGACUGUGGAUCACAGCUUUGUGCGCUGGGACCUGCAGAGUGUUGUGACACUAGAUGCUGUAGAUGGUGACCCCAACUCAAAAUCACACAUUGCCCUCAAGAGGAUACAGAGCCCUGUUAUACUGCUGUACUGCUCCAAGGAUGAGGCAGUAUAUAUCCUGGAGGAAGCUCGGUCGUUGGGUCUAAUAGGAGCCGGUUACAUCUGGAUUGUGUCAAGCCUCACCACUGGAAAUCCAGACUUUACCCCUGAGGUGUAUCCCCUGGGUAUGAUCUCUGUAUCCUAUGAUGACUGGGAGUACCCACUGGAGACGCGGGUGCGGGACGGGGUGGGCAUUAUUUCCACUGCGGCCUCCUCCAUGCUACGGGAGAAGGGGGAUCUGCCGGAGGCCCAGGCCGGCUGCAUCAGCACACCAUCAGACAGGAGCCCAGGAAAGCUCCCACCUAGUGCCCUGCGCGGACAUAUGAUGCAUGUGUGGAACGAAGGACGAGAUCUAUCCUUUACUCCAGAUGGUUACCAGGCCAACCCCAGAUUGGUUGUCAUUGUGUUGAACAGUGAAAGAAAGUGGGAGAAGAUGGGCCGCUGGGAAAACGGGACGCUGUCGCUCAUGUUCCCAGUGUGGCCGAGGUAUAACGCCCAUGGGGAUGAAGAUGCUGAUGAGAACCACCUCUCCAUAGUUACUCUGGAGGAGAAGCCUUUUGUCGUUGUGGAUAAUGUAGACAUCCUCACCGGCACCUGCAACAGGAACUCUGUGCCCUGUCGUAAACAUGUCAAGCUAAACAGCACAUCAGGAGGUGCCUAUAUCAAACAGUGCUGCAAAGGUUUCUGCAUCGACAUUCUGAAGAAGAUUGCCAGGAACGUCAAGUUUACCUACGAUCUUUAUCUGGUUACCAACGGAAAACAUGGAAAGAAGAUCAACAAUGUGUGGAAUGGCAUGGUUGGAGAGGUGGUGUAUAAGAAGGCCAUCAUGGCUGUGGGAUCACUGACCAUCAACGAGGAAAGGUCAGAGGUCAUCGACUUCUCCGUGCCCUUCGUAGAGACUGGCAUCAGCGUCAUGGUGUCACGCAGCAAUGGGACCGUCUCACCCUCUGCCUUUCUUGAGCCCUUCAGUGCAUCAGUUUGGGUGAUGAUGUUUGUGAUGCUGCUGAUUGUUACAGCCAUUGCCGUCUUCCUCUUUGAAUUUGUCAGUCCACUGGGCUUCAACCGCAACCUGGCCCAAGGCAAAGACCCACAUGGUCCAUCAUUCACCAUUGGAAAGGCCAUAUGGCUGCUGUGGGGUCUGGUUUUCAACAACUCUGUGCCUGUGCAGAACCCCAAAGGCACCACCAGUAAAUUCAUUGUGUCAGUGUGGGCCUUCUUUGCUGUCAUCUUCCUGGCCUCGUACACUGCCAACCUGGCCGCCUUUAUGAUCCAGGAAGAAUUUGUGGACCAAGUCACUGGACUGUCUGACAAAAAGUUCCAGAAGCCACACUCCUACUCCCCGCCAUUUCGCUUUGGGACGGUUCCCAACGGAAGCACUGAGCGCAACAUUCGGAAGAACUACCCAGAUAUGCACCAGUACAUGACUAAGUACCACCAGACUGGUGUUGUGGAUGCAUUGGUCAGCCUCAAGACUGGAAAGCUGGACGCCUUCAUUUACGAUGCUGCAGUCUUGAACUACAUGGCAGGCAGAGACGACGGCUGUAAGCUGGUCACCAUCGGCAGCGGAUACAUCUUUGCCACCACAGGUUAUGGGAUCGCACUUCAGAAGGGAUCGUAUUGGAAACGUUUAGUCGAUCUGGCUAUACUUAGCAUCAUAGGAGACGGUGAGAUGGAGGAGCUGGAGGCGCAGUGGCUGACCGGGAUCUGCCAUAAUGAAAAGAAUGAGGUGAUGUCCAGUCAGCUGGAUGUGGACAACAUGGCAGGAGUCUUCUACAUGCUGGCUACAGCCAUGGGCCUGUCCAUCCUCACCUUCAUCUCAGAGCACCUUUUCUACUGGAGGCUGAGAUACUGCUUCACCGGUGUCUGCUCUGGCAGGCCGGGUAUGCUCUUCACUAUCAGCAGGGGUAUAUGGAGCUGUAUCCACGGCGUUCACAUUGACAUGAAGAAGAAGGCGCCUGAGCUGGACUUCAGUCCUCAAGCCAACAUGCUGCACUUGCUCAAAUCUGCCAAGUCCAUCGCAAUGUCAUCACCCAAACGCAACACUGUCCUCCUACAACCCAGCAUCCUAGACAUGAUGUCAGGCAAAGGUAACUCACUCCACAGUCUGCCUCAGAAGGGUCCUGGUCUCUAUAGCAACGCUGCGGGUCCACAGGCUUUCCUGUCAUUGUCCGGGCGACAUAAAAACCAUCUUAACAAUGCUGCACCAUUUCCCGGGCAACAAAAAGCCUCGACUCUCCAAACCAGCCCCAACAAGCCCCAGCUGUCAAUCACCAAUGAUAACGACCAGAACCGCCUGGCUGGGCCUGCUAUCACUGCAUCAAAGCCACGGGCCUUAUGGAAGAAAAGCGUGGAGACGCUGAAGACUCAACCGAGUGUGGUGUCUCCUGGAGGCCCGAGCCCCACCUCAGCUUCAGGGACUGGGCCUCCACAGAUGAAGAGCCAGCGCUACCUGCCGGAAGAGCCACAACACUCAGACAUGUCAGAGUGUUCUAGUCGACCUCCAUCGCACAAAGAUUCUGACUCUAUGGCUGCGAGGGGUGGAUUUAAACCAAUCAAUCAGCUGAGGAAGCGGGGCGGAGGCGCAGGUGGAGGUGAAGGAGGCGGCCGAGGAUCUAAGAUCUACUCCAUUGACUCUGACCAGGCCAGCCUCCAAUCUGCUCCUCCCUACCAGAGAGACAGCCAGGGGGGAGGUGAUGACCACAGUUACCCCCCUGACCUCUUUCCACCUGACAGCACUUACUCACACUCACACCAGUCAGAUGCACCAAUUAUGCAGCUGAGCGCCAGCCUCCUGCACCACAGUCACAGUGCCGAGGCUGACCUGCACUCUCUAAAGGACAAGAAAUACAGUACCUACACACACAGCAAUGUAAAGGACAAAUCUGCAGGAUCAUUUGAAGCUCCUGGUUCAGGCUCGGCCAUCCAAGGUGCCAGGCCUGGUCACUGUCGUACCUGCCUGACCAAGCUCAGCGGUUACUCUGGCCUCUACACUGUUCGAUCCCCUCAAGCACGCUGUGACGCCUGUGCCCACCUGGGGAAUCUGUAUGACAUCAGUGAAGACCACCUGCACUCACACUACGCCCACACUCACCCACACAGUGGUGACAUGUUUACUCACUACCUUCCACAGAGCGAGCUUGGCCUAGUGGGCGAGGGCGACGGGCUUGUCAGCCACUUUGAGCCCACCCCAUCCUCGCCGUCUCCUCUGCCCGCUUCCCCAUCAGCCCAACACCUCCAGCUGAGUCGGCAGCACUCCUACGAGAAUGUGCUUCCAGACGGCAUUCCGGAGCAUCAGUCACAGCCUCACCCCCACAUGCGAGGACUCAGCCUUCCUGACAGGGACCGGGACAGGGAGCUGACCCUGGAUGAUGGGGCUUAUGCCAACGUCCUCACAAUGCGCUCUGACCGCCCAUACAGCAGCCGCAGCCCGCCCUCUCCGUCUCCAUCCCACCACCACAGCCUGGACAUCCCGAUGCCUAUGCCACGGCGCUCAAAGAGCCUUCUGCCGGAUCGCCCAUCACACAAUCCCUUCCUGUAUUCAGCCCCCGGCACAGCACAACGAGACACCACCUCCCAGGCUGCCGCCCGCAUGCCGCAGAAAACUUCCUCCCACGAUCUCUACAAGCAGAGGAUGCAGCUGUCCCUCACCCUCGGCAACCACGGCAGCCAUCAUGUCAACCAGCAUGGUGGUCAUGUUGACCAACAGGUGUUUUACCCUCUGCAGGACCCUCCUGUGGUGGCCUACAUGGUUCCACCCACUGCCUCACAGCCAAUGAGCUAUGUGACAGCACCGCGAGCCUCGAGUGCAGGCGGCAAUCGGCCUCGGCUGUACCGCCGCAUGCCCAGCAUCGAGUCUGAUGUCUGAGAGUCACAAAUAACACAGCUUUACUCUCACCAAACACACAAGCAUGCAAGGAGAAGGUGUGUGUGGCUGGACCUGGCAGCUCUGGUUCUAAGCACAUAUGAAGAUACACACACACGCAGACACACUCAUGGGUGAAAGACUGAGCUCAGCAGUGGACCAAAGGGAUUAACAGUGAAACAGAGUAAAUACAUUUCUUUAUGAAAAGCCUCUGUAGGGCAGUAAAGGGGCCACAGGGACACCUGGAGGCAAAGUUGCAAAACGAGUAGUGUGUGUGUGUUGGUGUGUGUACUAGCUGGAAGCUGUGGGCAGCAGGGUACAAACUGACAAUACUUCUAACUAGACAGAUGGAACUCCUUGUGGAAUAAGCGGGACACUGCAGAAUCUAACACCAACAGUGGGAUCUGACAAAAAAACAAGAAAAUGUUAGGAAGACGAGCAAACCCAUCCCAUUCUCUCUGAGUUAAAGGGUCACAGAUCCCCUUUUACCUGAAAUUGCACACAGACGUACACAUGCAUACACAUUUCACCCCAACAGUACCCAUCCACCCACCCUUCCUCUCCAGGACUCUCCUGUUGCACUAUAAUUUCUCCUGCUGUUAACACGUUUGUUGUCUGAGCCUCUAAACUGCACUGCCAGCAUGGCUUACAGAGUAGUUCACUACCAAGUAAUCCUUGACUUGAAUCAAAAUUACUAUCUAUGUAAAAGACUGGAAGGCAGGCGGGAAGGUGUACGGGAAACCAGUGUUAGAAUGAAGCUCCUGCCUGCAGAUGUGCAAACACUCGAACACACACACACAAACUAAAAACAGAUUCUGCAUCUGUUUUUUUACGGGAAAGCUCAAACUUACCGACUGUUUGUUAUUGUUGAUGUCAGUUAAUUGAACAUUCCAAAAGGUGGACCAAACUUGGCCACCAAAAGAAAAAAGGAACCUCUCAGGAUGUUGGUGUGUGUUCCUGAGUUUCUAAAUCUAACAGACAAAGUGCAGCAUCCUUGCUUCCUCUUUUAGCUAGCCUUCAGGUCUUACUGCAUGCUUCCUACUGCCCUGUGUUACACUUAAACUCCUUAUACAGGGUCAUAUAUGCACAGACACUCACACCCGCACAAACACAAGGUACAUGCACAUUAUGACAUAUACGCACAUGUGCAGAUUCGCAGUAGUCUAGUAGAAUAAGGUGGUUGUGUGCGUGUGUGAGUGUGUGUGUGUGAAGCUAUGAGAUAGCUUCUCUUUGUGCACUUUGUAGAUUUUAUAUCUCUGCCACCCACACAGACGUUUGACCAAAAAACACUUUUGUACGGAAAAAUAUGAAUAUUCUCAGUCACUUGCUGGAUAGAGGUUUUUCUUUUUCCUCUUAUUUCUUUUUAGCGGGUUUUAGGGUACGGUGUAGGGCAGAGCUCUUCCAGAAUCAAACGUUUUUAGCAUUAGACAAAGGGUUACAGUAUCAUGCAUA